GGAGGUCUCCCCGCUUUACUUUAUCUCUCUGUCCCCUCUCUUACAGCUCGCAAUCCAUACUCGACGUGCAUAUUCAGUUGCACUCAGGCGGUUUGCCUACCUUGACCUUCCAGCUCGCCAAUUGGACCCCGCGACAAGGGAGAGCCGAACGUCAUGGCGCAACAGCAUGCUCCUGGAGGCCACUACUCAGGUCGCAAUCCAAUCCCGACCGUGAAGCAGUUUAUUGAGAACUUGGACAAGGACAAGAAGGAUAGAGAUGCUAAGAUAGAUCAGGGCCAGGGCCAGGGCCAGGGCGCCCGACCAGCGGGUCAAGACGUACAAGCACAUCAAGUCACGCAAAAGACAGUCUCAGGCACAGAGAAGACGGUUACAGACCCCGUAACAGGCCGCGAAGUCACUAUUGCAGAUGUGAGCAAAGAGAUGAUCGACGAGGUCGAAAACCCACAUAUGGUCGUUCCCAACGCAAAUCUGCAGAAGCCUACACCCAUAAAAACAGAUCCUUCGCAAUCACUCGAAGAGUACAAACACGCCCAGGAUGUUACAGCUCCACCAGACCCCGUUGCCACCGGCACAACGUCCGAUGUCCCAAUUCAUGGGGAGAAGACAAACGUUUUGUUCCAUCCAACACCCACCGUCAGCUUUGAGCCCAUGUUCGCCAAAUUAGAGCAACGUGGCACUAUUCUGUGCGGUGUGAUCUUUGUCGCAACAAUAGUGGUUGGGGAGCUGUUCGGUGGUGCGCUAAUAGGGCUGGUACCACUGGCCAUGUGUUUAUCCUCUGGAGUGUUCCUAUGGAUGAAGGAAGUAGUACGCAGUGGGAGAGAAGUUGAAUGGUCUAGCGAGAAGAAGCGCGGCGAGAUGGCUACUUUGAACCUACUUCCCGAGUCAGUCGAGUGGAUGAACACGUUUCUCUCCAUUGUAUGGGGUCUUAUCAAUCCCGACAUGUUCCAAGGCGUUGCCGACACCCUCGAAGACGUCAUGCAAGCUUCCGUGCCAGGUGUCAUCGAAAAUGUGCGAGUUGCUGAGAUCAACCAAGGCAGCAACCCCUUGCGCAUCCUGAGUAUGCGAGCUCUUCCAGACGCGCAUAUGGGAGACAUGAAACGGGCAAUUCAUGAUGAGAAUAAGAGGACAAAAGAUCCGCAAGAAGCUGCCGCAGAUGAGGAGGGUGGUGAUUACUACAACCUGGAGGUGUCUUUCGCCUAUCAUGCGGCACCCAGCGGAACUCGAGCAUCAGACAAGGCACGCAACAUGCACAUGCAGUUGGUGUUCUACCUAGGGAUUAAGGGUCUCUUUGGUGUACCUCUGCCAAUCUUUGUCGAGCUGCAAGGCCUAGUUGGAACAGUCCGACUGCGCUUGAACAUGACUCCGGAACCGCCGUUUCUCAAGACACUGACUUUCACUUUGAUGGGUACGCCACAAGUGACAGCUGGUUGCGUUCCUAUGUUUGAGAAGGCCCCCAACAUCCUGAAUCUGCCAUUGAUCAGCAACUUUGUCAAUUACGCUAUCAAAGCCGCAGCUGGAAUGUAUGUCGCGCCCAAAUCACUGUCAAUCGAUAUGAGGGCUAUCCUACAAGGAGACUCGGUCCAGAAGGACACGCUCGCUCUUGGCGUUAUGUGGAUUCGGAUUCACCGCGCUGUCGGCUUAAGCAAGCAAGACAAACGUGGGUCCAAGCAUGGAGGUAGUGAUCCGUAUAUCACUCUCGCCUUCUCGAAAUACGGAAAACCGAUGUACUGCACUCGCGUCAUCACCGAUGACCUUAACCCGAUCUGGGAAGAAACGGCCGCUCUUCUGGUUAGUCCUGAGCUCAUCAAAGCUGAUGAAAAUCUCAGCGUGGAGCUAUGGGAUUCUGAUCGCCAUACAUCCGAUGACAUUGUUGGAAAAGUUGAGCUUUCCAUGCAAAAGAUGAUGCAGCAUCCAGGCAAAAUGUAUCCCCAGGUUUCAAAGCUAGCAGGUAUGGACGCCGAUAGCGAAAUGCCUGGUGAGCUGCACUGGGAAGUCGGAUAUUUCAGCAAGCCGAAGUUCAGGCCUGAGCUUAGGACGGACGGUAAGAACAGGGCGCUUCCGGACAAGCUGAAGGACGACCCAAGAUUACAAGACGACAAAGGUGUGAUCAACUCGGAGGAGGACGAUGCAGUCAUGCAUACUCCACCUGACCCUCUCUGGCCCAGCGGUAUUUGCAGUGUCGUUGUCCAUCAAAUCGUCAACUUGGAGCUGGAAAACAUCAAGGGCACUUCGGGAAGCCGUAACGGACGCGAAUAUGAGCCUGCGAAGCCUUAUGGAGAGUCACAUGAAGAAACUGGUGGCGAACUGCCGACGAGUUAUUGCACGAUCCUUUACAAUGACGAACUGGUAUAUCGAACGCGUGCAAAGGCAGUUUCAUCACAGCCUAUCUUCGAAGCGGGAACCGAACGUUUCAUUCGCGACUGGCGCUCUGCUAUCAUCACAGUGACAGUUCGCGAUCAACGUCAUAGGGAGCACGAUCCAAUCUUGGGAGUUGUACCUCUCAAGUUGUCUGAUAUCUUGGAAACAUCUUCCCAGGUCACUCGAUGGUAUCCCCUAGACGGUGGCAUCGGCUUUGGCCGAAUUCGGCUCUCUCUUCUCUUCCGCAGUGUGGAGACUCACCUGCCUCCUACCAUGCUCGGAUGGGAUAUCGGUACCUUCGAGUUUCGUUCUGAGCGUAUCUUGGCAACAGGCUAUACCCAUAGCCCGAAGCUCAAGCUGCGAACAGGUGGCAGUAGUGGUACGAUCAGUCGCGCCCAUUCUCACAAGCUUAGUGAAGGUGAUGGCUACUACUUCGAUCUGACAGACCACGAUGGCAGGGAUAACAUCCGUCUUCCCGUGAAGCAUCGCUACAGGUCACCAAUCGUGUUUGAAUUCCACGUUUCAGGCAAGCGCAAGGCAGAUGCUUACGCUGUGAUCUGGUUGCAGCACUUCAUCGACAACGAGGAUACUGAUAUCAAUAUUCCAAUCUGGACUACGGCUCACCCUGCUCGUCUUACUCAAAACUACAUCACCGAAGAGAAUUGCCAUGAUGAACCCGGCCUUGAAGACCUGAAGGAAAUUGGCAGGCUUCAGUUCCGUGCGCGGUUCAAGGCUGGAACGGACGAAUCACAUGAAGCGUUUGUUAGCGACAACGAUUCUCGUGAAACGUAUGAGACUUGGGAGGCUUGCCUCACGGAAGGUGUGCGCACGCGUAAGGUUGAGAAGGAGCUUCCAGAACGUAUCCAGCAGCUUCACGAGGAAUCUCUCACCAAGGGCCGUGAUAUUCUCAAGAACGCGGAUGAGGAAGAGAAGAGGAAGUGGCUCGCGAAGGACGGACAAGACUGGUCGGGUGCCUUCGGAGACAACCCCAAAGCAUACACCACUCAUGGCAAAAAGAAGAGAGAGCCAGGUGCGGAGGACCCCGUCCACGACCGUUUCCAUCCUUCCUCCGACUCCGACUCCGAUGACGGCUCUUCCGAUUCUUCUUCUGACCUCGGUAUCGAGGACGCUACUACUCGCCGGUCCAACGGCGGUCUUCAGCAUCAGCGCACGGAUCUGUCACCCAACAACCCCCGGAUGUCUCAAUCUACCGCUCGCACGUUUGGCACCACGGACACGAGUACCACUACCUCCUCCAACAAAGAUAUCAAUAGGCAAAACAAGAAGGCUGAAGAACGGAAACAUCGCGGUCUAAUGCAGUGGAAGCCGGCGCGGAACGCGAAGUUCACAAAGGACGAAGCGAAGAUCGGUCUGCGUAAACUCAAGAAGAAGCUGACCGGUGGUAUGGAGGGUAGACAACCUGGCGUUGAGACGGAAACUGGAUAAGGCCUUGGUGGUAUGUUCUCUGUGGGAAGUUUUUUGAGUUUGUUUCGACAAAGACAACGCAUGACAAAAAUCGGGUUAUGCAUUACAUAAUCAUGCCUAAGGCAAACAAAGGAAUGGCGGCGAGGGUGCUCGUCAGCGUCCUCUCUUUUUUUCUAUACGAUAAUGAUAACGCAUCCUUCCGCGGAAGCAGGUG